GAAAGCCUCAAGGCCACUGCGACCGGGGGGCUAAUUCGUCACCUACCGCAAUUUCGCGUCUAUCCGAGAAUGAUUUAUCCCCUUUUCCCUUUUUGUGGCCUAGUCGAACGUCAGCAUAACUGGAGAGUACGGAGUAUCACCAGCUCCUUCAGCUCCUGUGGGCGUCGUACGGAGCACGGUACUCCGUACGGAAUGUGAGGCAUCCCAGGCUAUGAGGAAACCGUUGGUACCACCCAAAUUUGCGUCGAUCCCUACCGACAGGCUUAGCCGGCGCAAUAACAUCGCGAUCGGGGUUCAUUAUUACUUUCCAGAAGAAAAUGCGCCUUUGAAUACCACCGUCCUUGUACACCACCUGUGUCAACAAGCAAUACACGCCCCCCGGGCCUUUUCAACACACUCUUUUUUCUCUUCCUUCACAGGAAUGAUAUUUACGUGAGGCAGUGCCCGCGCGUUGUCCAAGGGAAUCAGUGCACCCUGCUGAAAAAUUUCGCCUGUCGUUCGUUACUUCUUACAUUCGUUUCAUCCAAAAUGGGUCGUCAAUCGUUUAUGUCGUACUUGCUGUUGGUCUUUUCGCUGGGCAGCAGCGAGGUCGCGUCGGUCGCCAUACAAAGAGCUCCGAGACUGAACGUACGCGCGACGAAUGGUUAUUCAUUGCCGCAGAACGACUCCAAUGCCUUGUUGAGGUCGACGGAUAUCGAGACAAAGCAAGCCGGGUUCUUGUAUGGCCCUCCGGUCGCCGGUGGACCGUUCUUCCCAUCGGGAGUCUUGGGCGUGGCGAGGGCUGCGGCCGAUCAAGUCGAGAUUCAGCUCGACGAAGCACCGAUCCUCGCAGCUACCGCCGUCGACGCCGCCGACAGUACAUUGUUUGCAUUACAGUACAACGGCUUGAAGACCUUGGACGACUACAAGUUGUUGUACGAUGGUCACUGGAAGAGCUUCCUCCCACAUGGUCCCGUCCCGGGUAUCCUGUCCAACUACACCCAGGACCUGCUGUUCUCGAUGGAACGACUUUCCCUCAGCCCCUACCAGGUCAAGAGACUCAACCCUGCGUCGGACACGUUGCAAUUCACCAUCGACGACGCCACCGCGACGAACCUCACGGGCAUGACGCUCCAGCAACUCUUCAGCCAAGGUCGUCUCUUCUACGCCGACUACCGGGACCAGAAGGAGCUCACCCCGACCUCUCGCUACUCGGCGGCGUGCGACGCCUUCUUCUACAUCGACCAGAAGACGGAAGAGUUCCUGCCGUUGGCCAUCCGUACCAAUGUGGGCUCGAACCUGAUCUACACUCCCGCCGAUUCUCCCGACGACUGGCUUCUCGCCAAGAUCAUGUACAAUGUCAACGAUUUCUGGUUUGCCCAGUGGAACCACCUGGCCAGCACCCACGAGGUCGUGCAGAUUGCCUACAUGGCCGCCAUUCGAUCUCUGAGCGACCAGCAUCCGGUCUUGGCUCUCCUGAACCGCAUCAUGUACGAGGUCUACGCGAUUCAACCUCUCGCCGCGACGUUGCUGUUUUUGCCUGGGGCCGUCGUCGACCAAGUCUUUGCCUACACGGGCACGUCGGCCCAAGACUACUCGACCAACCUGUACAAGAACGCCGGCAGCGGUCGGUUCCAGUCCAAUUACUUCGUGACCGACCUCGAGAGACGUGGGUUGGUCAAUUCGGAUUUUGGCCCGGCGUUGAAGAAUUUCCCGUUCUACGAUGACGCCUCGACCAUCUACGACGCCAUCCACACCUUCAUGACUUCCUUUGUGGGAUCGUACUACUCUUCAGACUCGGACGUCACCGCCGACAAGGAAAUGCAAGCGUGGGUGACCGAGGCUCAAGGUCCGGCUGAAGCCAUUGACUUUCCCGAAAUCAAGACAAAGUCUGAUCUGGUUGAUGUUUUGACUCACAUGGCACAUCUAGCAUCCACCUCACACCACACCAUCAACACCAACGAAUUGAUCAGUGUCAGUUCGACCCUCCCUUUCCACCCACCGUCUCUGUACCAGCCACCACCAACGACAAAGGGAGCCUCGAAUUUGGCUCAAUACCUCCCUCCACUGGUCAAGGUAGAAGCUCAGUUCGGUUUUGCGGCUCUCUUUGCCCGUCCAUUCUUCGUCGGGUCAAACCGUACGUUGAUGAACAUGUUCAAUGAUCAACCGAUGUUGAAUCGUAUGAACCCGGCCACCCAACAGGCGGCUUCGACCUUUUUCAACACCAUGCAACAGUUUAGCGGACAGGUGUCGUCUCGUAACUUUGACUCGAACGGUUUAAGUCAGGGUAUGCCUUUCUUGUGGCAAGCUUUGGAUCCAAACGUGGCUCCAUAUUCUAUUACUUCUUGAAAAAAAGAAAAAGAACAUGUUGUGACGGUUUACCCUAUGGAGAACAUGUGGAGGAGGAUAUAUGUGACGUUUGAUUUGACUGUGAAGAUAUACAUGUGUGUUGUUGUAAGGUAGUUGAUGUCUUGUGCGUUCUACCAUUCAUUCUCGAGACAAAAACCGGAGAUGAACAGUGUAAUGAGCAUGGUCUAUGGUCUUGUUUGUCUUUUCUGUUCCGAACUUGGAGAAUGUACUCGGAAAAGCUGUCUUGCCUCCGAUCUUUGUGUCCUCUCUGUGUAUUGUUGUAUUCUAU